AUGGUAGGGGAUGGAAUGAUUCGAGAUAUUUCUGGUGGACAAAAAAAACGAGUCACGACUGGUGAGAUGCUAGUUGGCCCAGCAAGAGCGCUUUUCAUGGACGAAAUAUCGACUGGUUUGGACAGUUCCACAACAUUCCAAAUGAUUAAUUCACUAAGACAAUCCAUCCACAUUCUGAAUGGAACAGCUCUCAUCUCUCUUCUGCAGCCAACACCUGAAACUUACGAGUUAUUCGACAACAUAAUUCUCCUCUCAGAGGGACAAAUUGUGUAUCAAGGUCCAAGAGAAAAUGUCCUCGCAAUCUUUCAACACAUUGGUUUCAAAUGUCCAGAGAGGAAAGGAGUAGCAAAUGAAACAUUUGACUGCAGCAUUUGA